AUGGCUCUCCGACUUGCCUUCGUACCCAUCCUCUUGGCAGCACUUCUCCUGGCCGAGGCGGCCUCGGCCGGAGAAGCCACCUACGGCGUCAACGAAUGGAGCGUCGCUCCGUUCGCGAGUGGAGAUGGCGGGCUUCGGGCGUCGCCAGUCUGCGACGGACGGGUCGGAGACUGCGUCGACGAGGAGGAGGAGAUGGCGAUGGAGUCGGAGUCCACCCGGCGCAGCCUCGCGCGCUCCGGGGCGAGGUUCAUAAGCUACGGCGCGCUCAGCAAGAACCGGGUGCCGUGCAACCGGCGAGGGCAGUCCUACUACAACUGCCAACGGCAAAAGCGGGCGAAUCCUUACCGCCGAGGCUGCAGCACCAUCACCAGGUGUGCCAGGGAUAUGCACUAA